AUACAUUUCAUGACAUGGAAAGUGGCCCAUUAUAUAUACAUAUGUAUUUACAGGUGAUUUUCUGUUUUAAAGCACAUUUUACAGUCUCCUGUUGUCUUCACGGGGUCAUUUUGGUCAGUUUGUCAGACCACAUGAGAUGCACACUUCCUCUCCUUAAUCUCAUUCUGAAUUUUCCAGUGGCCGUGUCAGGUCCUUAGGGAGGGGACAAGCAUCCACUUGCUGCACAGAGAAUGGACCUCCCAGCUCAGGAGCCAGUUGCUCCUGCUCCUUUGCUCAGGAGGUCUCGGUCUCUGUGGUGGGUCCCCAUUCUCAUGUGUUGCUCAAAGCCCCCCAACCAUUCCUGGCCCUCAGCACGGCCCAUUUCGCUGAACACCCAUCUGGGUUCAUUCCUCGCAGUCCCUCCUGCCUCUUUGCCUCUCCCAACUCCUUCACCCACCGCCUGAAGUGGCUGAACCCAUUCAUUUCCUCUCUGGGAGGGAGGCGAUGGAGGGACUGAAUGGUGGAAUGCUGCAUCCAUGCGUCUAUUUAUAGCCUGCAUCAAGACAACUGGGUGCUGCCUGAGGGAGAGCUGGGUGAAGAGCCUGAUGCGCUGUCCCGCCAGAGAGAGCCUUUACUUCUGAGUCAGCACCUUUAGGGAAGUGAAGGAAGGAGCCUGCUGGGGCAGAGUUCUGGGUGGAAAAUGAACACUCAACCCAGCCUCUAGCAGCACACAGGUGAGGCAAGGUCUAGUUGUAAGCGCAAAAGUUAACUUGCUGCCCUUCCCAAGGAGCCUAGGACCUGGGCUCCCCAACCCUUUGUCUAGAUGCAUAUGACCGUGGCCAGCCAGAAGAAAUUCCCCCAUGCUGCCCAGAACGUCUCUGGGCCAAGCCUUGAGAAUCCAGAGACAACACCAACGCUUCUACUGUGGAACUGCCACGCAAGGGCCACGUGAGGCUGUGGAGAUGGCCUAAGGCAGGAGUUCUAGGAGAAACCCGAGGCUGCCCCCACCACCACCCCAACUCAGCAGUCCCUUCUUUUCCCUUUCCUUGAGGCCAGCCGCGGGGCAGUCCCAAGGAAGUAGACCGAGAAGGGGGCGAGGCGUCUCCCCGUCACUCUUAGACCCUGGCUAGGGAUUUCGCAAACCACACAGCAUCUGCUGUCCAAGUGGGGCAUGGUGCUCAAUGGAUAUUAUCUCUCUGUCACUGUAAACCAGCGAGGUAGGGUGAUUAUUUUGCAGCUGAAGACAGUGAAGUCCCGAGUCCCUUGGAGAGCGGCGCCAGCCGCGCCAGUCUGCGAUUUCCUCUCGCUAGGCGGCUCCGCAGGCAGAGGAGGCUCUCCUUUGCUUCCCCCGGGCAGGCAGGUCGUGCGCCGGAGCUCGGGCGAGCAGAGGCCAGCGGGAGCCGUGCCCAAACAAGACCAGCCGUACUCCGUGGCCCCGCGACCCGGGCACCCUCUGCCUCCUCCCGGUUCCCACCCGCAGUUGCUCUCGCUGUGUCGGGACCCUCGGACGCAGCAUCCGAAUCGCGCCCGCUGCAGAGCCAACAUGCCCAUCACUCGGAUGCGCAUGAGACCCUGGCUAGAGAUGCAGAUAAAUUCCAACCAAAUCCCAGGGCUGAUCUGGAUUAAUAAAGAGGAGAUGAUCUUCCAGAUCCCGUGGAAGCACGCCGCCAAGCAUGGCUGGGACAUCAACAAGGACGCCUGUCUGUUCCGGAGCUGGGCCAUUCACACAGGCCGAUACAAAGCAGGGGAAAAGGAGCCAGACCCCAAGACGUGGAAGGCCAACUUCCGCUGUGCCAUGAACUCGCUGCCGGACAUCGAGGAAGUGAAGGACCAGAGCAGGAACAAAGGCAGCUCAGCCGUGCGGGUAUACCGGAUGCUCCCGCCCCUCACCAAGAACCAGAGAAAAGAGAGAAAGUCCAAGUCCAGCCGAGAUGCAAAGAGCAAGGCCAAGAGGAAGUCCUAUGGGGACUCCAGCCCAGAUACCUUCUCCGAUGGCCUCAGCAGCUCCACCCUGCCUGAUGACCACAGCAGCUACACGGCUCAGGGCUACAUGGGGCAGGACCUGGAGGUGGAGCAGGCCCUUACUCCAGCACUGUCACCGUGCGCCGUCAGCAGCACUCUCCCCGACUGGCACAUGCCCGUGGAGAUUGUGCCGGACAGCACCAGUGACCUGUACAACUUCCAGGUGUCACCCAUGCCUUCCACCUCUGAAGCCACAACAGAUGAGGACGAGGAAGGGAAAUUACCUGAGGACAUCAUGAAGCUCUUGGAGCAGGAACAGUCAGAGUGGCAGCCGACGAAUGUGGAUGGGAAGGGGUACCUGCUCAAUGAACCUGGGGCCCAGCCCACCUCUGUCUAUGGAGACUUCAGCUGCAAGGAGGAGCCAGACAGCCUUGGGGGAGAUAUCGGGCUGAGCCUACAUCGCGUCUUCACGGACCUGAAGAACAUGGACACCAGCUGGCUGGACAGCCUACUGCCCCCGGUUCGGCUUCCCUCCAUCCAGGCCAUUCCUUGUGCACCGUAGCUGUGUCCCCAGCCCCCUUUUGCUCUCCUAGGCGAGUGGGACCUGCCACCGUGGUGGCUGUGGUGCAGAGAAGCAGGACUGCUGUGGGCCCCUUGACCUACAAAGUGUGACCCUAGUACCAAGUGGGGAUAGGUCUGCCCUCCUUGGAACGGUGGCUUCUCAGGGCCUGGCAGGUCAGGGUCUGGGCUCAUCUGGCGGGGUGAAGCUGGUCCUGCCUCCCAGGAAGAUGGGGUUCUGAGACUGGUGGCGGGUGGGGGCCCACAGCAGUCCUGUGAGCCCCCAGAGCUCUGUCUGGAGAGGGUCUGCCUGUCGCUGAGCUGGCCUGAGGAAACAGACCAGUGACCUCAGAAAAGCCCAGCACCAACCCAAGGGCUGGCUCUGCACUAAGAGACAAUUGCACUAAGCAAACCCUAUUCCCAAAGAUGCGCCUCCCUUCCCAGCUGAGCCCUGGGGACUGUUCCAAAGCCAGUGAAAUGUGAAGGAAAAUGGGGUCCUGUGGGACAGUGUCCCCCAGCCUCAGAGGAGCUCUCUCUGCCCUGCUCCCUGCUCAGGCUGAGGGGCUGGAGGGAGAAACAUGGCACUUUUUCGUGUGGACUUGCUAUGUCCUGGUCAGAGGUGUACACUAACGCCCCCUGGGCUCUCAGCCCUUGCAUUUAUUUAUACAGUGCCUUGCCCUGCGCCCACCGGCGGCCCUCAGCAGGCCCAGGGAGGGAAGUGGGAGCGCCUCAAUGUAACUUUUAAAAUUGCAAAAACUCCCUAACCACUAAGUCAUGUAUGACCACAGACAUACAUGUGUGUAAAUAUGUACAUUUGUCUUUUUAUAAAAAGUUAAUUGUUCUAA